AUGAGUCAAACAUCCUUAAAACAGAAAAAGAAGAAUGAGGCCGGGAUGAGGUACUCAAAAGAAAGCCUAGAAGGAGAGAAAAGAAAGGAUUCUGAGAAAGCAGUUCGUCUGACCACUCAGAUGAGGCGUGCAUUCUAUCCGAAUCACUCAAUGAGAUGUUGCUCCAUACGAGGUCACUCGUCGUGUAGACGCUGCCUUUGUGCAGCUGAGGGAACAGGAACAGUACUUCUUGGCCCCUGCCGCACAAUACGUAUUUACAUUCACAUGUGCCUGUUGUGGGAGCAGGGCCGGCAGAUCACCAUGAUCAGGGUGAGCAGAGAUUGCACUACUGAUUUUAGAGGGGAGCCACAGGCGCUCUGGGGAUCCCAAGAAUUAUCGAAGGCAGACUCUCGAGGGUAUCUCGUGAGAAAUCAAUGGUCCCGGACAUCACGUAGCCCAUCCACCAAGGCUCCAUCCAUGGACGAGCCCAGAAGCAGGAACACCAGUCUUAAGCUCCCUAACAGCUCCGCCACCUCCAGGACUCCAUCCACCUCCCCUAGCCAGCAUGAGUCGCCGCUGCAGCUGUCUGCACAGCCCUCGCCUCCCACGCAGUCCAAACCACCCAUGCCACCGGAAUCUCGGCCUCCCACGCCCCCGGAGCCGGAGCCAGGCUCCCGGCGCAGUACCAAAAUGCACGAGAAUCCAGAAGCCUGGGCUCAUGGCAUCGUCCAGGAAAUCCGGGAAGCCCGGGAAUCGCAGCAGCGGGACUACCCGCGCUUGUCCCCCACCGAAUGGAAGGCCUACUCACAGCGCAAGGGGACCUACUCCUCUGCCCAGUCGGACCGCGACUGUAUAUCCGAACAGCAGCACCUGCAAGACGACGAGGAGGACGAGGCCUACUGGGCAUCCGUGAAGAUGCUGUACGAGAAAGCCCCAAGCUGCUCACGUCCCCAGCCGCCCAAACCCAAGCACGCCAUCACCAUUGCUGUUUCAUCCCGGGCACUCUUCAACAUGGUGGACGGCAGGAAAAUCUACGAGGAAGAAGGCCUGGAAAAGUACAUGGAAUAUCAGCUCAACAACGAGAACGUCAUCUUGACCCCUGGGCCCGCAUUCCGUUUUGUUAAGGCACUGCAGCAUGUCAAUGCAAGACUUCGUGAGCUGUAUCCUGAUGAACAGGACUUAUUUGAUAUUGUACUGAUGACUAAUAACCAUGCCCAAGUGGGAGUGCGGCUUAUAAACAGCGUCAAUCACUAUGGCUUACUAAUUGACCGCUUCUGUCUGACCGGUGGAAAAAGUCCCAUUGGCUAUUUGAAGGCAUAUCUUACCAACUUGUAUCUUUCUGCGGAUUCUGAAAAAGUGCAAGAAGCAAUACAAGAAGGGAUCGCCUCUGCGACAAUGUUUGAUGGAGCCAAAGACAUGGCUUACUGUGACACACAGCUCCGUGUGGCCUUUGAUGGGGAUGCCGUCCUCUUCUCUGACGAGUCUGAACAUAUUGCCAAGGAGCAUGGGCUAGACAAAUUCUUUCAACAUGAAACGCUAUUUGAGAAUAAGCCUCUUGCUCAGGGUCCCUUGAAAGGCUUUCUGGAAGAUUUAGGCAGACUGCAGAAGAAGUUUUAUGCCAAAGACGAGCGGUUACUUUGCCCUAUCAGGACCUACCUGGUAACAGCCAGGAGUGCAGCCAGUUCAGGCGCUCGUGUGUUGAAAACCCUUCGCCGCUGGGGUCUAGAGAUAGAUGAAGCUCUCUUCCUUGCUGGAGCCCCCAAAGGUCCCAUCUUGGUGAAGAUCCGACCCCACAUCUUCUUUGAUGACCAGAUGUUCCACAUUGAAGGGGCACAGAAAUUUGGCACCAUCACAGCUCAUGUACCUUACGGCAUUAGUCAAAAAAUCAACUCCUAGGGAUGAGGAGGUGAAAUAAAGCACUGACAGUCUGGUAUUACAGAAGCCACUCCUUUUGGCUCUCUAGGGUAAUUAGAGGGGUAUUUCAGAACAUUGGACCUUUGAUCUAUAAUUAGGCGGAUAUUUCAGAAGACUGGACCUCAGAACCUAGCUCUCUUGGAAAUAUUUUCUCGUUUUGUUUUAACAUACUGAACCCUCAGUUACCUGCCAGCUACUUUUCUUUGAGCCGUCAGUGCUGUUUAGUGUCACUGCACCUUUCUUAGUGUAAGUUAUAAUAAUGACUGAGUUUCAAAAUUGAAUGCUUGAAUGUUUAAGGGACUGUUUCAAAAGCCUACAUAAUUUUUCAAAGCAUUGCUCAUUUUUGGAUGUUGAUAGGAUGGAAUAAAUUUUUAGUCAUCACCAUUCUAGAAUAGUAGUCUCCAAAGGUAGAAGGAUAGAUUCUUCUAAAAAUCAAAGAUUUUUAUUCUAUAGUCUCUAAGUCCAGACUUUUUUAUCAAUGCAAAAUGAGAAAGUCACUCUACCUGCAUGAGUGUACUAAUUUUGACACUGUACAGUCAGAAAAUAUAGCAGCUGUGUGUUCAUACAUGGUA